CGGUUAUAAGUCCACUUCACACGAACCCAGAAUGCUCAAGUAUCUGUAUUUAAAAGUGUAUUGCCUAACCAGCACGUUCACCGGAAGUUUGCUUUAUUUUGAAGUCCGUUCUCCCACACUCGUACCGUAAUGCCUAAUACAUGCGCGUAGGCUGGCUUGACUGUUGCAGGUUGUUCCCCGGUUGUAACGUCCCUUUCUGUCCUCAAGUCAGAAGGACAUAAACAGAGACCAUGCUGCAGCUCGGAGAUGAAGUCGCCCUGUACUCGGUGGUCUUCGUGCUCCUCCUGCUCGGGACGAGGAGCCCGGUGUGCAGCACCGUCCUCACCGCCUCGCUCUACCUCUUUCUGACCAUGUUCCGGUUUCCCCAGUUACCAACCAGCCGGGCCCGGCAGGUGCUGCACCCGGCCAAGGGCGUGGUGGGCUCCGGCAAUGUGUCGGUGGUCGCUCACCGCUGCGGUGGGCACGACGCACCGGAGAACACCAUUGUUGCCAUCCGGGAGUCCAGCAAGAAUGGGGCCACAGGCGUGGAGUUGGACCUGGAGUUCUCCGCAGACAGUGUCCCAAUACUGAUGCAUGAUGAGACUGUGGACCGGACCACCAACGGGUCGGGACCACUCAGCCAGAUGAGGCUGUCCGACUUGGGUAAACUGGACGCAGCAGCGAAACAUCGACUCCGGGAAAGGUUUGCUGGGGAGAAGAUCCCAACUCUGGAGGAGGCAGUAGAGGAAUGUAUCAAACUGCAGCUCACCAUCUACUUUGAUGUCAAAGGUCAUCCAGAUGAGGCAGCUGCAGCCCUUAAAGAAUUGUAUAAAAAGCAUCCAGUCCUCUACACCACCAGCAUCGUCUGCUCCUUUGAGCCAAAAGUCAUCUACAGGAUGAGGCAGGGCGACCCGGAAGUGGUCACAGCGUUGACCCACCGGCCGUGGAUGCUGAGUCGGUUCGGAAACGGUGCCCCGCGCUUCUCGUCGCUAUGGAAACACCAUUGGAUGACGCUCAUGGACAUUGCGUUGGACUGGGCGCACCAUCACGUGCUGUGGAAGCUCUGUGGCGUCUCGGCCUUCCUGAUCCAGAAAAACUUUGUCUCCGUGGACUACGUUCAGUACUGGGCCCAGAGGGGGGUGGAAGUGGUCGCCUGGACAGUCAACACCAAAGUGGAGAAAGACUACUACCAGGAGCUGCUGCAGGUCAACUACAUCACAGACAGCCUCGUGGAAGACUGUGAACCCCAAUAUUGAAGAAACGUGAACCCCGAGCAUGACGUGGUAACAACGUAGUCGUUGAUAAAAGAUCAAGUAGAUUUGAAAGGACUUUUCACUAUCGACUCGUCACCCGUUAUGUGGCAUCAGGUAAGAUGCCACAUGCACGCUGUCUUUGUUGUGAGUGUUUGUUUGAGGCGACCGGACGGACCAGACUGAGGGCCGUACUCUAUAACGAGAGGCACUACGUACAUUUCUAGACCUUUCGGCAAUAAGUCUCCAUAAAGAAACCUUUUUAUCAAACGUUCCUUUAUUCACCAACUUUGCAAUCGUGUCCGUCUUUCAAUACCUGAAGUAUAGUGUCAAUCACAGUCUGCGCUUUUUACUCCGUAACGGCCACUAAUCUCGUGGAAACUAGAAGUGACUUAUUACUAAAUAUAUAUAUAUAUUAUUUAUUUAAGAGUAAUAUAAAUAAUCAUUUCAUAUCUUUGGCAAAUGUACAUAUGGAACUGAAAUGCAAAAAAGGAACGCAUGAAUGAGUGGAGGUUACUCCGAGACAACAGCUGACAGUGACUAUUACAAACUGAGCUGAAAUAAAUUGAUUUUAAAAAGCUA